AUGGCCAAGGCUGAGUGGUCAUCGUACGUUGAAAAGCUGUGGCGCGCUAGUUACAGCAUCAUGCGUGAAUGGUCAUUCGUUCACUGUGACGGUGACAUGUGGUACGUGUCGGACGUUGCAUUGCUCGACGUCACCGAGGCUCGCCACCACGUCGAAUUGUGCCCCACUGGAGCAUUUCAUACCUGCAACUGCUACGAUUUUCUGUCGUCGAUGAUUCCAUGUGUCGGCAUUUGCCAGACUAUCGUAUCACCCGCUGUAUUUGGAGGCAUUAAAGCAUCUGAAUGUGAUCGAGCCCAUGCCGUUGACGAUGCGUUCCAGUUGAGUGCGCCAAGUGCUGCCCCAUCCAACCACAGCGUGUCAUUAGACGUCUACAAGAAGCAAGUUGCAAACAACUCGCAUCUGUAUCGACUCUUUAUGACGAACCUCGCACCCUUUGAGGAUGGCGUCGGAGACGAAACUGUGCGCGGGUCGUUGGAGCCAUUUCGUCUGCCUCAAGAUGCGGCAUUGAUCGCGUUAACGUUCUCGGAUUGUCCUGUGGUGACGGCACUCGUGGAAGCAGCGUACAGAUGCGAUGUGCCUGAUGAAAUUGAGUACGCUAUCAAGGCUUUUCGCCUUGUGGAAGCCGAGGUUCGCUGUCAUGUGGGGUUCUUGCCCCGUCAAUUGAUCAAACACAAGGAAAAGUACAACAACAAGACUGCUAUUGUGGUGGAAGAUUACAGGAACUCCCCAAGCAAAGCGAAGCGCGAUAGAUUAAACUGA